AGUGAAAUAACGCAGCCAGAGCGUGCCGAUAACUUGCGAUAGUUAACUGUUGUCAGACUAGCUAGUCACAAUGCGAGAAAUAGUUCACCUACAAGCCGGGCAAUGCGGAAAUCAGAUCGGAGCGAAGGUAACAAGACAUUUCUACUCUUAUUUUGGGUGAAUUUAAAUUUUUACAUGUGAUUACCUUCAAUAUGUGGUCAAUUCACCUACUCGGAGAGCCGUUUUUUGUGCUUCAAGAAACUUUCCAGUUUCAGGAAUGGAUAUAAGGAAAACUUUUGCAAAAAGUUAUAUAAUUAUCUAUUGUUAACUUGUUUAGAUCUUUUUUCUUUUGAAAAGGUACGUAUUUCACAGAUGGGCUUCACACAUGCAUAUAUUUUACAACUUCCAUUUUAAUCUGUUUUGCAUUUUGAUGGUUUGUAUUUUACGAGAGACUGUCAUUUUCAAAAAUUUAGCCGUCAAAUUUAAGUUUUUCACACCGAACUAAGAACGAGCAAAAGAAGACUAUGAUUUGCUUUGUUCUGUCACAUUUUUUUCUGAUCCGUAUUUUGAAAUCCUUUGCUUUGAUAGAAAGUUUCAUUUCCAUUUUUUCUUCAGUGAGCCACACCCCAAUAAAUACAGAUAUGUAUAUUUACUUUUUUGCGUUAGAAAGCGUAACAAACUUCCACCAUUCACUCUCCUCAUAAAAUAUUAGGGACCUUAAAGGUGACAUCACAAGGGACGAUUCGCAACAACAAUUUUAGCGCAACACAGCGUGCAAUGCUGGGACAAUGAUGUAACCAUUCGAAACAAUGUCGCAACAAUAUUGCAACGCUGUGUUGCGCUAAAAAUCGUCGUCGCGAAUCGUCUAGUGUAACGUCACCUUAAAGAUACGAGGACGACGACAGCGAAGAAAACCCCCGGCGUCGUCGCUUGAAAAAGUGAUAUCGCGGUUAUUCCAACUCCGGCUUACUUUUCUAUUGCCUUGUUGGCGUUUUCGUUGCCGUCGCAAGGAGCUCAAGCCAAAACGCCGGCGACGACGACGAAAACGUCACUCAAAAAAUGAAUUCGUGCUGCUUUCUCGUUCAAUUCGUCAAAUGUUGCCAAUUUUUUUCUGGAGUUGAAUUCUAAAAGACUGUGCCGAAGUUUAGUUCGUUGUCUUGUGUUCGCCUCCUCCAACAAAACGUGAAAUUAGCCAUUUUCACGUCGUAGUCGUGCAGUGUUCAAAAAAGCGUGAUGCAUUUGCAGAGUUGUUAUUUUCAGGUUUUGCCAGCCUCAACCUAUUGCCUUUUUUGCCGUUCUCGUUGACUUCGCCGUCGUAAUUGCUUAAGCUCUCUAAGGUCUCUAUUAGCGCUAUUUAGAUGACGGAACUACUAGUAAAUAGACAGGCCUUCUUAGACCGUGCACUAGUUUGUAUAGUACACGUAUCAUUUUAUAUAGCCUGCAACCCUUGCUAGUAUGUCUUAUCCUAGGCGAUAAAUUACUUGUCAUAUUUUUCAGUUUUGGGAGGUCAUUUCAGAUGAACAUGGUGUGGACCCCACAGGAUCAUAUACUGGAGAUGCACAAACACAACUUGAUAAAAUCGACGUUUAUUACAACGAGGCGAUAGGUAUGANGCGGCGGCGAUGAAAACCCCCGGCGACGUCGCUUGAAAAAUUGAUAUCGCGGUUAUUCCAACUCCGGCUUACUUUUCUAUUGCUUUUUUAGCGUUUUCGUUGCCGGUUUAGAAGGAGUGCAAGCCAAAACGUCGGCGACGACGAUGAAAAGAAAACGUCACACAAAAAAUGAAUUCGUGCUCCUUUCUCGUUCAAUUCGUCAAAUGUUGACAAUUUUUUCUGGAGUUUAAUUCUAAAAGACUGUACCGAAGUUCAGGAAAAGAAAAAGAGAGUCGUUGCCUUGUGUUCAUCACCUCCUCCAACAAAACGUGAAAUUAGCCAUUUUCACGUCGUAGUCGUGCAGUGUUCAAAAAAGCGUGAUGCAUUUGCAGAGUUGUUGUUUUCAGGUUUUGCCGAUCUAAACCUAUUGCCUUUUUUGCCGUUCUCGUUGACUUCGCCGUCGUAACUUCUUAAGCUUCCUAAGGUCCCUAUUAGUGCUAUUUAGACUUAGGAACUACUGGUAAAUAGACAGGCCUUCUUAGACCGUGCAGUAGUUUGUAUAGUACACGUAUCAUUUUAUAACCCUUGCUAGUAAGGCAAUAAAUUAAUUGUCAUAUUUUUCAGUUUUGGGAGGUCAUUUCAGAUGAACAUGGUGUGGACCCCACAGGAUCAUAUACUGGAGAUGCACAAACACAACUUGAUAAAAUCGACGUUUAUUACAACGAGGCGAUAGGUAUGAACUAUGACCAAUGGCCUCCAAGAACUUAAUAGCAGAACUCUUCAUACAAAAUAAUAAUGGAAUUGCUCCUGUUCCGUUAUUUAAAAGAUUACACAGACCCCGUUUGUGUACGAUAUUAUUCACACCUUUUUGGCCUCCUGAAGUCAAAAAUAUGAUGCCAGAAUUCUGCGGCUUUUGAGACCUUGGACAAAUUAUCAUUCAUAUUAAACCGCUCUGGCUGUACGUUGUUAUCACUUAUCACAGAAUUUUUUUUUUCAGAAUUUGACAAAACUACGAAAAUUUGGUGUUUCCUUAGUGUUUGAUUUUAGCCACUUCUUGAAGUGAAACUUUAAAUAUAAAUAUAUCGUCAGCAAAUCAGCAAAUAAUUGUCCUAUAAAACGGCUGUUUAUGAUUCUGCGGAAAAUUAUUCCGUAAAUGAAUCUGGACUACGAUCUCCGCGAUCCAUGAUUUGAGUAGGAACAGUACUUAACUGCGGUAUCCCAGAGAGCGCUCAGUCGACGCAGUGUUAUUGGGCGCGUUUAUUUCAGUCCUGCCGGGACGAAGAGGGUAAAUAUUCAGAUUCGCUGUAAGACGCACGUUAACUAAUGCAUCAACUAAAAACGAAGGCAAACAUUACUUUAAAAUGUUUACGGAAACUAGCCCAUCAAAACUCUUCGGUAAAAUGAUGCUUUUAAGUUUUUCACAAUAGGUAAAUUACUAUGAAGCCAUUUUAUUCAUGACUUAAAACAGCGUUUACAUCUGAAGGCUUAAGUUCUCUAGAACAAAUCAAGUUCAAAAGAUUCAAAGCUAUAAUUAUAAACGCAAAAACUACCAACAAUUUUGAUUAAUACGGAUACUUUUAAAAUUUCCAUUAAACAUUUUUUUUCCGAUAUAGACUUAAGAAAAGAUUUUUUUUGCCCGAGGCUUAUUUAUCUGAAAAACAAAUUCCCCAUGCAUUUGCUUACAUGUAAAUCAAAAUGGAAACAAUGAAAAUCGAAAACUUGAACGGUAAAUUAUGUUUCCUUUUCCGUCGGCAUAAAAUCAAAAAACUUUACAUAUAAUAAACAUUGUUUGUCAAAGACUUCACUUAGAGAUCAGUUUAGUCUAUAGACCAAUUUCCAUCGCAAAUACUAUUGGUUGACGUAUAAUGAUAAAUAAUUAUUUCGUCUGCUUACAAAUUAAUGCUCUGUCCUUUACGUGGGCAGGUGUACUAAGUCGGUCUGAUAUCUAAACUUAUUGACUUCCCAGGCGGAAAAUAUGUCCCAAGAGCCGUCCUUGUCGAUUUGGAACCGGGUACCAUGGAUUCUGUGCGGUCUGGGGCAUAUGGACAGCUUUUUCGACCCGACAAUUUCGUAUUUGGUAAGGCGAGUUUUGUUUUGUACUACUUGGAUAUUUCAUCAUUUUUAUUUAAAAUUGACUGACAAUUUUGCCACAUCAAGAAGGGUGCACGUGAUUGGUGGCAAAUUCAACCGGAAAGAAUAAUGUUUGAAUAUCAAUUUUUUGUGUUGUAGGAUAUUUUUUAUCAUUAUUCUGGCUUUUCUUUUUCUUUCUCUCUCUCUCAAAAGAAACUUAUCCCUGAUCAGGAAUUAUAAGAAACCCAUAAGAAUAGCUCUAGGUCUUACUAACUUUUUUUAUAAAUUAUGGUAAAACUUCUGCGUUUAGCAGUUGGUCUGUUGGCGAAAAAAUCUCUGGAAUCUGGGGGGAGUGGGGAGGACAUUUUCGUUCACCCCCUUCCUUACCCACCCCCACUCCCUAGCUAGCUAGCUAGCUUGAAACCCGCAAUAAAGUUGUCAAAUCUCUCUCUAUUUUGGUGUUACCUAGCCGGCUUGGCAAAUGUAAUCUAACACCGGUCAGUAACGUCUGCGAAACUGCGCCGAAAUCCAUGUUCAGGGCCCCCAACGGACUCAACGAAUUCAAGACAGGAAACGCGUUUCGAAUUUCCCUUCAACCUGAUUGGCAAAUUGACAAUGACUUUUUUAACAGGCCAAUCAUGGCCCGCACACUGGUGGGGGCCAAAACAAAGAUUUCGGCGCUGUUUCGCAGACGGACUUAAAAAGAGAUUAGUUUCGUCUGUGGCGCAACUAGGUGGUACCAUAACUAUGUGCUAAUUAAAUCCCGAACCGUGUUUUAUGUGUUCCAUCGUACAUCGACUCAUUUUAUACUAUUAGAGCGGUUUUCAUUUGAGUGUCGAAAAGUAAUUGGUUUUGCACUUUCUACACGAUGCGAUUGGCUUAAAAGAUUCGCGCCACCUUUUCAUCCAAUCAGAAGUAAAACCAAAGCCAAUUGUGACGCGCUCGCAUGCAUUUUCCCGCGCUUUGCGUCAGCCACAUGUAAUUACUUCGAGUUUUGAUUGGUUCAAUGUAUUGUCUGUGUCCUAUGUGAUUGGCCAGAGUAAUUACUUUGGUUUUGGUUUUACGACACUCAAACGAAAACCACUCUAUACCUUAGUUUACUAAGUAUUUUUUUUUCCUACAGGCCAAAGUGGUGCGGGAAACAACUGGGCCAAGGGCCAUUAUACGGAGGGGGCUGAGCUAGUGGACUCAGUAUUGGACGUGGUGCGCAAAGAGACUGAAAACUGUGACUGCGUUCAGGGUUUUCAGCUGACGCACUCUCUCGGAGGAGGGACUGGUUCGGGUAUGGGCACACUGCUCAUUUCCAAGAUACGCGAGGAGUACCCUGAUAGGAUCAUGAAUUCGUUUAGCGUGGUACCCUCGCCAAAGGUAUGUUAAUGAGUUACGUCAUGUAGAAUUUCGGCGUUUACCGCCAUUAGUGACAGCUACUUCUUUCCGUUUCUAGUCCUCAUUGGUUCGUCGAAUUUUAUUUGAAUUUUAUCCUGGCAACAAUUCUGCGGCUGUCCUGGUCGUGAAGUCCUAAGUUAGGCACAGAGCAGGUCAUUUUAAUAUCGCGACUUCUUCAUCGAUUCAAAUGUAUCGGGCAGCCAAGAAGUAAGGAAGUAAACUCGAGGAGAAGUCUGUAUAGCAAUGUAUAUGUGAUCACUAGUAGGUAGUAGCCUAUGUACAGCCGCCCCCUCCCCUCCCCUCGAACAAUAGGCUGAUUUAGCAACAGAACGAGAACGUCAGUUGACGACGACGCGUACAAAUCAAACAACUGGCUUGACCAAUGGCAGAGCGACAAAUUGGGCACCGGAAGUCGCAUUACGUCCUUUACGCGCGCUUUCCCGACGUCAAAUGACGUUCCCGUCCUGUUGCUAAAUCAGCCUAAAAUAUGGAACAAGAUCGUCCGUGGGAGUAUAGUCUUAAAUAAGACUGUUGAGUCCUAAACAGGUCUACUGGUGACGAUAGUGACGUUCUUCAUUAGUUGCGAUCAUUAUACGUUUCCUGUAGGCAUAUGACAUGUGCAGACAUGUGCGCGCGAUUCCAUACUUAAAUAGUUUCAGGGACGUUCCUUUGAGAACGUUUUAUGGAGAUUAUUUUCCCAUCACAGGUCUCUGACACAGUGGUUGAGCCAUAUAAUGCCACUUUGUCAGUUCACCAACUCGUUGAGAACACCGAUGAAACCUACUGCAUCGAUAACGAAGCAUUAUAUGACAUCUGCUUCCGGACACUCAAGCUGUCCAACCCUACAUACGGGGACUUGAAUCAUCUGGUGUCCGCAACAAUGAGUGGGGUAACUACGUGCCUGCGAUUUCCUGGCCAGGUAGGUCAGCGGCAAUAAAAAGAACAGGCUGUACAGGUAUUUGACAGAAAACUCUAGACUCGUAAUGUUGUUCUAGGCUUUACUGUUGACGGAAUACUGUACGAUGACCAUGCCUACAAAUACGCCAUUUCCUAGCCUGCCAGCAAGGCUCUCCUGGGGUGCCCCGGCAGAGCUGGUUCGCAGGUUACCCAUUUCCGAGUUGGCCCAAGCCCCUGUUCCAAAGCGAGGCUUAGUGCGAAGCUGUUGAUAUAUAAUGAUUUUUUUAUUCCCAUGCAAAUAAAACUCGUUUUCGCAACAAAGGUUUUGCAGUUAGCCAGGUUUUGAAAGUGAGAGUUUUUGGAUCUCGGAAAUGGUCUAUUAAAAAAGCCAGUUUGUCUUCCUGCUACUAUUUGAUUUUCAGUAUAUUGAAAAUUUAAAUCUGCUACUUUUCUUGAAAAUUAUUUCAAGAACUCUUUACGUCAGUGUUACGAAGUUAAAUGACAGAUACAGAUUCUUAGAGACAAACAGGGCCCUAUUGUUAAAUUUCAGUGAUAACCUUAAUGAAUUCCUUACCUAUCCGUUCGAUAAAAGUUCGCAACAACACUUUCGUGUUUCUUUGUAUACAAGGUAAAGAUUUUUAAAGGGUAAGGCUAAAUUUUUGGUUCAGUGUUAGAAAUUUUGGAAGUCUUUGAAAAAAUCAACAACGUAUAGCAACAAUGAAACGGCAGUCACGUUGAUGUACAAAGCCAAUAAUGUGGGCAUUAUUGAACUCUUUUCUCAUGAAUAUAAAUAGUUCCUGACCACUUCACUGAUCUAUAACGUCUGCAAAUGUAUUCUUACCCCGUUUAAAUUGAUUUUGAAAAUUUUAGCUGAAUGCUGACCUGCGAAAGCUGGCGGUAAACAUGGUGCCAUUUCCGCGCCUGCACUUUUUCAUGCCGGGUUUCGCGCCGCUGACCAGCCGCGGUUCACAACAGUAUCGCGCCUUAACAGUGCCAGAGCUGACCCAGCAGAUGUUUGAUGCCAAGAACAUGAUGGCAGCCUGUGAUCCCAGGCACGGCCGCUAUCUCACCGUGGCAGCGGUAUUCCGUGGCAGGAUGUCAAUGAAGGAGGUUGACGAACAAAUGUUGAACGUUCAAAACAAAAACAGGUCUGUUGGUUUGUCUUCGUGAUGACGCUAAUUUUCACUCUGCCAGCAGAGUCUUUCUUUCACUUGUUCGAUUUUGGCGUACCCGAGAAAGACUCUGCAUGAAUCGAGUAAGAUCUUUGCUGAGCAUGCGCGGUAUGUUGCUAGGAUACAGUUUCGAACCAAGGCCUAGUAUCCGUCCGCUUGGUAUAACGUACUCGGUCAUGACCAUCGGUUUAUCAAUAAACGGAUGCUCGCACUCGAAAAAACCAGUUUGACGAGAUAGAACAAGAUUGACUAGCCCAGAGGUUUGGGCUGUGGUGACCUCAAAGGCUUGACGGGAUUUAGGCAGAGCGUCCUUUUCUCCUCCCCACUCAAGAAAACACAAUGAGGCUCUCGCAGGGUACUCUGUCUCUCGUAUAAACGUAAAAUAAACAAUUACUAAGCUUAAUAGAGUACCAUCUGUUAUCAACAGAGAGCAGUAAAUGAGCAGUUACGUUUAUAAUAAAACGGCAAUUUAAUGUUCAUGUUUCGAUGUGGCUUAAGUUAUUGUCAGUUGUUGAAGACAGGGUUAGGAAUAAUCGCGCAACUCGAUUAUAGCGACUAUAGAAAGAUUAUGGUGACUAUAGAAACCAAAAAUGUCCAUUCCUUUUUCGGUUUCAAGAGAAAUUAAAUGAAUUUCUUGGAUAGUUUUUUCCUGCAUGUCGUUUUGUUUUCGCAAGCUUUCUGACUCCAGUAGUCCAGUUUCGAGUUCGCUUUGACCGCUGAAUUAAAGAAGUGAAGACGCAUUUUUUACAGCCUUAGCCUCCAUCUGAAGUAAUAUAUUCACAUAUUCCGACAAGAAAAAGACCUGUUUAUUACUCUGUCUAUUGUGUAUAUUCAAAUUUCAAACACUUACUUGCCGGAAUUUCUGAAUAUUUUACUUUACGUCGAGGCUAACCCUGUAUGAAUGUGUCGUUAAUAUUUGUAUUCAGCGGUAAUUUUUAAUUCGAAACUAGACUAUUCCGCAUAAUGUUUCAGGCGCGUCACUGAACUCAGUAGCAGGAAAUAAAACCAUACUGCAAAAAUUUAGGAUAAUAUUAGUCACAAACUUAGCCUUAAAUUAAAUUAUUUCGUUUAUCGAGAUCAAUUGAUUCUCCUUUUUAUGAUUUCAGUUGUUAUUUUGUCGAGUGGAUCCCGAACAACGUCAAGACCGCUGUUUGCGACAUACCUCCUCGCGGGCUCAAGAUGUCGUCGACAUUUGUUGGCAACAGUACUGCUAUCCAGGAGCUGUUUAAGCGAAUUGGUGAACAGUUUACAGCCAUGUUUAGACGCAAAGCUUUCUUGCACUGGUACACGGGGGAGGGGAUGGACGAGAUGGAGUUCACCGAGGUAAUAGACCUCUGGGGGGAGGGGGACAAUUACGUGGACGGGUAGUUUUGUUGCCCCAAUGUGACGAUACUCAAGGGAUUUUUUUCUUUGAUUAACCCAGUUCGGAACCUCCUCUUUAUUCGCAGGCAGAGUCCAACAUGAAUGACCUGGUGUCAGAGUACCAGCAGUACCAGGACGCCACGGCCGAAGAGGAAGGAGAGUUCGAAGAUGAGGAAGAAGGCGAAGAAGAACCCAACUGAACAUAUUAAAACUGAAUACCAAUCAGAUUAAGUUCGUUCUUUUUCAAUUAUCUACCAAAAUUUUGGUAGCUCUUAAAACUGAUAAAUUUGGCAUUUGUGUUUGAGUCACUUUGUUAGAGCAAGGUUAGAGUUAAUCAGUUUCUCAAACUUUUUGCAAGUUUCGAACUAAAACGCUGAUAGAGUGAAAGUGAUCAUGAUGCAUUUUAUCACGGCCCUGUAUCAUUGUGUCAUUGGUGUUUAUAUCCACCGGUAAUACUCAUUACGAUAACGGACUAAUAGAAAGUAGUAUGACGUCACGUUACCAUGUUAGCAAAAUUUCUGGUUCUUGACAGAAGCGGCCAUU